GGACUGGAGCUCUUACAUGUGACACAGACGUGGAAAUGACUCAGUUAGAGGCCGCCUACAGAAAUGAACGCCUCACCUCCUGCAGGAAGUGCCCUGGCCACCAGCAACGUGACCGGCCCCACAACCCCAAAGAAGGGACCACCCAAGUUCAAGCAGAGGCAGACCCGUACAUUCAAGAGCAAGGCCCCCAAGCCCGGCCAGAAGGGGUUCGGUGACGACAUCCCUGGAAUGGAGGGUCUUGGCACAGACAUCACAGUGGUCUGCCCAUGGGAAGCCUUUGGCGACAUGGAGCUCAGCGACCUGGCCAAAUACGGCAUUAUCUAAACCUGCUGCCUCCUGCCUUCCUUGCCUGCCUGUACCUCUUCUUCAUCCUCUCCCCCCACCCCCCCCCUCUCCCAGUCUGGCAUGUCGCCAUAAGGCUGCCAG